AGUGGUCAGUGGGAGGAUUAUGACAGUCUGAAGGCCGUGGCUCAGGGAUGGAGGCUGGAAAGGUGUACAGCAGUAACACUGUGCUCCAGGCCAGAAAAGCAGUAGAACAGCUGAGACUGGAGGCCGGCCUGGAGAGGAUCAAGAUUUCGGCUGCAGCUGCUCAGCUUGUGCAGUACUGUCAGGAGAACCGGAGGGGAGAUCCACUACUGACUGGCAUCGCCGCCUCAUCAAACCCUUUCAAAGACAAGAAAACCUGUGUACUACUGUGAAAGAGGAAAAGACAUGAAACCAUGUGAUACAAACGACGUAAACACCACAGAGAUGGCCAUAAUAUCCAUAUACAUUCAGUGUUGUACAUAUCCUUGAGUGAUUUUAAAAGCAUUACUUCUUCAGUAUUACUUGUGCUUGUAAAUGUCCUGUGUAAUGGAUUUCAUAUCUUUAACCCAUUCAUGUCCUUUAACUAAACUGAAAAUCAAAAUACAAAA